AUGAGUUCCUGUUUCUGUAAAAGUGAAGCACAAAAGGUCAAGUUGGACGACAAAUACUUAAAUUUGGAAGAUCCAAACCAUCCUGCAAACCUAAUCUGUGAAUUAUGUCGGUUAUUUUAUGAUAAUAACUGGGUAACAGGUACUGGUGGUGGUAUUUCAAUCAGAGAUGUCAAAGGUGCCAACCCUAAUGUUGUAUACAUUGCACCAUCGGGUAUUCAAAAGGAACGGUUACAACCAUGGGAAAUGUUUGUCGUUGAUCGUAGAAAUGAGCAAUUGUUAAGAACUCCUAAUGAAUGUCCUGAAGAAUUGACGAAAAAGUACAAGUACAAACCAUCUGCCUGUACACCAUUAUUUAUGUCAUGUUAUACUUUACGUGAUGCUGGAGCUUGUAUCCACACACAUUCACAGAAUGCCGUCAUGACAACUCUUCUUUAUGAAGACAAGGUUGAAUUCUCUAUGUCACACAUUGAACAAAUUAAGGCACUUCCUCGAUUGGCAAUUAACCCCGAGACUAAAGUAGUUGAGAAAGUUGGAAGUAUGGAUUAUCAUGACACAUUAGUGAUUCCAAUCAUUGAGAACACUCCUUACGAAGAAGAUUUGACAGAUUCUUUGCAAGAGGCCAUAAAAAACUAUCCUGGUACCACUGCUGUUCUUGUAAGAAGACAUGGGAUCUAUGUGUGGGGUGAGGAUGUUUGGAAGGCCAAAGUUUAUAAUGAGGCAUUGGAUUACCUUUUAGAGUUGGCUGUUAAAAUGAAGUUAGCAGGUAUUCCUUUAGUUCGUGGAACAUCUGAAUAA